AUGAUUUCAGACGUGAUUUCUUCAGCAGCAGAGAUCUCAGUAGAGAAUACUAGUGUGUUUUAUAAUGCUUGUCGCGACAAUGACAUUAAACUGGUGAAGGAAUUACUACCAAACAUGACCAUCGCUCAGAUAAAUCACGUUGAGCCCAAUGGAAAUACAGCUUUACAUAUAGCCACCCAAAAUGAACAUAAAGAAAUCAUUGAACUAUUACUAAACGUGGGCAUUUCACGUAGUAUUCAAAAUCAAAAUGAACAAACGGCAUACAGUAUUGCGCCCAACACUGAUAUAAAGCAUCUUUUCGAACGUUUCACUCAGGAACUUCCAUCCGACGAAACCAAUAGUGAAUUCGAUGGCGAAAAUCGUUUUGUAAGCAAAAUUCGCUGGAUUGAUGCAAAUCCACAUGCUGAUUUCGAAGCGACUAAACAGCGAAAUCUGCUAAUCAAGUAUGGAACGAAUCCGAAAUUUCACUUUUUAGUCAAUUUUGCACGACAAUAUUAUAUUGACGAGGAGUUGAAAGAUAUUCAAGGUAUUGAUCAAAUACGAUAUUUUUUCGACAAAGCUGAAGAAGAGCAAAAUCCUGUUUAUCUCUUGAAAGCCUACACAGCUGAAACUGGUUUCUAUACGGCAUUGAAUCGACAUUUGGCAGCUGCCCAACUCGAGGGGACCGGACCCAUCGAUAGCAAUCGAGGACGAGCGUACAUCCUUGGUAUCAUUACUCAUCAUCCCUACUUUGCACGUUUUAACUUCACUGGAGAAUCCUAUCGUGGGAUGAAACUGGACGAGUAUGACCUUCAACAAUACGUUAUCGGUUCACGAAUAAUGACAAAAACGUUUUUGUCAACAUCGAAAGAUCGUGAAAUGGCUGAAGUAUUUGCAUUUGGAAUUUAUGCAAAUGAAAACCGAACCGGUAAAUAUGGCGUCGUGUGUACUUAUCACCUACGUAAUCCUGGCACAGGACUCGAUAUAGAAUCAAUAUCCGAAUAUCCAGGAGAAAAAGAAGUUCUGAUUAUUCCAUAUGCUGCAUUCAAAGUGAUGAAUGUCAAGAAAGAGAAAAGAGGUGAUGAUGGAAUAGCUGUCAAAAUAGAACUGAAAGAAUGUGAGCCCUGGUGA